AGGGGCAGUUGGUUACGCAGACCAAGCAACGGAACACAGCUUAAUCGAUUUAUUGUCUGAGGAUGAGACAGAAGGUAUCAAUGAAGGCGACACCUGGUAUAUGAGAGGAAACUACCGUAAAGCGCUACAUCGAUAUGAGGAGCUGGUAAACAGUUCGAAGUGCAAGGACAAAGAAUUACCCCACGUAUUCCUGAUGAUGGCCAAUGCUUAUUUCGUUUCUGGUUUCACAAGUGCACUGACAUACUGUGACCGAGCCAUUAAACACGCUAAGGAAACAGGAAACGACUUAGUGAAGAAACUAGCUGAGCAGAACAGAAAGAAGAUUGAAAACGCUGUACAGAACCUUGGAAAUAUUCCCCUCGCUGACGACAAGACUGAACUUGACAAGAUGAUGGCAUCACUGAACGACACAGACAAAUAAUGGUCAGUUUACACUGCUGGCUGACCCACCAUUCUGUUGGUGUCCACAAAUCCACUGAUACCCUGCCAGCACACUAUCAAUUUUUAUUCUAAUAAUUUAAAAAAAAAAAUGUGUUUCUUAACACUUCGGCCGUCUCCCACCGAGAUAGUGUGACCCGACAAAGAAGAAAACACUUUCACUGUCACUCGUUCAAUGGUUGUGUUACCAGGAGCAUGAUGACAUUAUAGUUCAGAAGACCUUCCAAACCGUAACCUUCACAACACAUUGUCAUCGCUCUCGGGCCGUGUGGAGGUGCUGCGCAGACGCUCCUGAUUGAGUUGAUUUUCUGCGCAGUUUACCUGUUUGGGCUGCCCCUAGCACUGGUUGGUGGCAACUUUAUUUUCUCAAGAUGGCGCUGAACAGUCGGAGACGCAUCAAUACAAUCUGUAUUGAGUUGAUCCGUGGGGCUGUAACAGGAUCUUCCAUGGAUUUGUUAUUACCGGCGAUAAUUCGCGAUACAUAUGGUAUAGCGAAUGAGGAGAUUUGUGGAGUGGCGCUCAACGGAACGACGAGGAUCUUCGUGAAAUUAACAUCUGCAUCUGUACAUGAGGCGGUGAUUGACAAGUACCAGGAGACCACUAUAGCGGUCAACUACGCGGUGUCAGUACGGCUCCAUGAUGUAUCAAGGUACUACACCUGGGUCAAGAUAAGAAAUGUACCUUCCGAGGCAGAUGACUCUGAUAUCCGAAGUGACCAUAUGACCACUGCGGGGCGGUGGGCUGCUGGCCCGUAUACUGGGAUACCUGAAGGCACAUAUUCUGUUAAAAUGACACUACGUCUUCCCAUCCCUUCGUAUGUAGUGUUAUCGGAUUUUAGGAACGAAGUAUUUGUAACAUAUGCUGGGCAACGUCGAACGUGUCGCUUGUGUGGGUCAUAUGACCACGUGGCGGCGCAGUGUGGAAAGCGACGGGGAUAUCCAGAACAGCAGCGACGGCAGGCUGCAGAAGAGGAUGGUGAGAAGCGAGAGCUGCCUUAUGCGACCCUGCCUAAGCAAGGGUUGUCUUGGAGUGAAGAGGUCGAUAAAGCAGUGGCGACUGAGACAGCAGGUCUAUCAAGAGGGGAGGUGUCACCUUCAUUGGAUGUAAAUCAGGUGUGCGAUGAGAACAUACCAGACUUGUGUGAUGGAGAUGUGGAGGUGUCGUUAGCAGAGGCGUUAGACGCCUUGAUAGACGACAAGAUUAUAAGACAGGUGGGGGAUCCAGAUCUAACUAUGGGGUCUGUUGCUGACGACGGAGUGGGAGGUGAAGGAAGACUACAGCAGAGUGAAGCAAACGUCUUGAUGGUGCAGGAUGUGGAGGUGGAGGUGCAUCAGGAAGAGGUAAAAGAUGCUACAGUGCAGGAGGAGGGUAUGUCACGAAAGCGCAUGACGGCGCUUUCGGACUCGGACGACCUGCUCAUGCCUGCCCAGCGACCUGGAAAAAAGUCAUGGGCGGAGGUCAUGAGGAGAGGAACCAGUGGCCCCAAGGAGCAGGGGUUUGCUAAGGUGGUUUCAAAAGGGGGGGAGGGAUAAGGGAGUAAUAAAACGUUCUGGUGAAAAGUCAUAACCGGGGACAAAAGGAAAACCCAUUUAGUAGUAUGACAAUAAAUAUUAGUGGCUUGAGAGCUGAAAGAAAGCGUAAGUGGUUCAGUGAGUAUUUGGUGCAUCUGGGUGUGGAUGUAGUGUUCAUACAGGAACACAACUACAAAACAGGAUAUGAGUUGGAAAUGAGUGGAUAUAAUGUGUACUUGGAGCAUACGACAAGGUUGAAAGGAGGAGUUGCUAUCCUGGUGAGGGAAACUAGCCCAUUCGUUGUAAGGCGUUGCGAAGGGGGGGAGGGGAGGGUGAUUAGAGUGGAUGGAUCAUGGGGUUGGGUAAAAAUAAGUCUGGUGUGUGUAUAUGGUCCUGCAGAGGGAGAUGUGCGUAUUAAAACUAACUUUGUUAAAGAAGUUCUGGUAUAUUAUUUGCGUGCCUUGCCAAAUGUAGCGGUAAUUGGUGGUGAUUGGAAUUGUGUGAUAAGACGAAAGGAUGUGGAACCUAGAGGGGCAGGGACUUGUUUGGGGCUAUUGUGGGAUUUAUUAAAUGGGGUGGGGUUAAGGGAUGUUUGUGGGGGAGGGGAGUAGGGGGAAGUAGAGCAUACUUUUGUUAGAUGUGAUUAUGCGGCAAGACUGGAUCGUUUGCACGUGCCCCAUGCGAUAAGAAUGCGUAGCGUGUGUGUGGUGGAUGUGGUUUUUUCAGACCAUAGGGGAGUUGUAAUGGACGUAGAUUGGGAGGGAUUGCCUCGAAGGGGUCAAAGUUAUUGGAAAUUAAAUGUAAAGUUACUGCAGGGAGAUGAAUGGCGUCAGUCUUUUGUGAAAAUGUGGGAACGUUUGGCAGUUGCAGCACCUGGAGAUGAUGCCUUGGUAACUUGGUGGAAUACGGUGGCUAAAAUGAGCAUCAAAGAAUAUUAUAUUAGGAGAGGGAAGGAAUAUAACACGUUAAAGUAUGGAUUACAAAGAUACCUUGAAUGGCAGCUGCGUGAAUGUUAUGCAAGAGGAAGUGCAAACUAUCCAGUAGUCGAAAUUGAAAGUUUAAAGGAAAGUAUUAGGAUGUUGCAAAAUGAGAGGUUUGAUGGGGAGAGAAUUAGGGGUGGAAUAGAAGAGGUACUGUGGGGAGAUCGACCGUCGGCUUGUUUGUUGAGGAGUCAAUGUAGGAGGAGAAAGGCAAUGGAGAUGAUGGGGUUAAAUGUUCAGGUUGGUAUGGAAGGGUAUAGGGUAGGUUAAGUGUUGGUAACGACGGAGGGUAUAAGUGGAUAUGUUGAUGCUUGGUUUAAGUCAAAUAUGCAAAGUGUUGGUAUAAGUGGGAUAGCACUGCAGACAAUGGGAGGGUUUGUGCAGUGCGAGCUGGAGGUGCAAGAUCGAUUGGCAUAGGGAGGGCCGAUCACGGAGUGUGAGAUUUGGGAGGUUUUAACUGGUGUGAACUUAGGUAAGGCGCCGGGUAUAGAUGGGAUACCAAGUGAUUUUUAUGUUAAAAAUUGGGCGUACUAAAGGGGUUUUUAGUAAGAUUGUUCAACAUGCUUAAGAAGGAUCGGGUUUUAGGAGAACAGCAAAGGACGGCUGUGGUGGUUUUAGUACCGAAGGGUGAGCCAUCAACAGUAAGGGAUUAUCCGGCCAUUUCGCUAAUGUGUGGAGAUUACAAGCUAUUUGCAAAGAUAUUAGCUAACAGAAUUAAGAAGGUAAUAGGUAAAGUGAUAGAUAAGGGACAAUACGGAGUGCCGGGAAGGUCUAUAUAUGAAGGGCAUGGUUUGAUUAGAGGUUUUAUUGAGAGAUGGGGCGAAUAGGGAGGGGGGGGGGUUGGCUCUGGAUUGGGAGUUGGCUCUGGAUUGGGAGGCAGCCUAUGACAGUGUAGAACGGGAAGUGUUAUGGAUGUUUAUGCGUUGGCAGGGGUUCAGGGAAGAAAUUAUAUCUUGGGCUAAAUUAUUGUAUCAAGGUGCUGCAAUGAGGAUACAGGUGAAUGGGAGGUUAGGUGAUAAAAUUCAGAUGGGUAGGGGCCUGCGUCAAGGUUGUCCCCUUUUGCAAAUUUUAUUUGCGUGUUUACAAGAUACCUUUUAUAGAGCGAUUCGAAGG